GUGGUUUGUGUGGGUGUAUUGCUAGCUGCUAGGUUCUAUAAAAGAAGAGGUGUUUAGCUCUGUAGAAUCACACUGACUGCAGAGGUAGUCUAAUACUCAUUGUGUAGUCAAUCAUGAAUCUCAUCUUAGUGAUUUUCUUUUGCUUUUCUGCUCUGCAAUUUGCUGUUUCUCAACCAGCAACUUUCCCAAGCAGUGGAGUUGAGCUCCAUCAUACUAACAGGUCUCUUCCACUCUAUCCUCAACUGGCAUCAGUUCUAGUUACUUCUGGUAACAAGUUAUGGUGCUCCAGUGCAAGUACCUCAGCCUCCAUUAGCUGGAAGCUCCCUGGUGGAACUGAGCUUAGCUCUAGCACCACUUCAGGGAGUGGUGCAACAGUUAUGCUAGUUAGUACUUCUGAAGGAUCAUCACUAGGUCUUGCUCCUACCACUGAUGGCACUCUAUUGGCCGAAGGCAUCUAUAAGUGCUGUGUUACUGAUGAUCAGGGAAAUGAGCAGGUUUUAGAGUCAUUCCUUAUUGGAAGUUCUUCUGUGAGUGUUUCAGAUACCUCAUGCUUUCAGUCAGGCAUCAACCCAAACAGAUUUGAACUAGCCACCAGUAUUUCUCACAUUUCUCCAACUAUAGUCUCGUGCCGUGAUCAAGAUGAUACUGCUGUUUCUGGCACAAUUACUAGAAACACACUCAACGACACUGCAUAUCGUGUUGGGGUUAGCUUUACUCAAGGCUCAUUUCCAUUCACAGUGUCUUGUGCUAUAAGCAAUGGGCCUUCAGGAGCUAUUUCUACUGUUACCAUGACUUGUAGAGCUACUUCAAGUCUCACAGCUCCUAGUCUUCCUUCAUCUGGUAGCAGAUUUGUGAGUGGUACUUCAGUGCUUGUCAAUCCAAACAGUUUCCUUCCUAUAUCAAGUAUAGCAAGCAACCUCCCACUGUGGUGUUCUUCAUCCAAUGCUAACUCUAACAUCACCUGGACGCUACCUGAUGGAACUGUAUUGGGACCUACGAGCCCACCAUCUGGUGGAGUGGGUGUCAUUAGUAGCGCUGGUCAACUGGGGCUGGUACCCUCCGGUAAUGGUGGGUUCCCCUCUGGUGUCUACACUUGCUCAGUGAAUGGUGUUGCCUCAUUUCUGCAGAUUGGAAACCCUGGAGAUUUUUCAGCACCAAUGGGUUCACCUGCUGGAGAGUGUUUGCCCAUAUCAUCUGGUCUAGCUCUCUGUGCUAACCUUACUGGUGGACUACCCACCAGUGCAUCAUGCUCUGUGUCUGGAUCAUCUUUUGUUCUUAGCAGUAUACCAACAGCAAUAACCAAGUCUACAGUCCCUAUAAUGUAUAGAGUCUGUGUACCCUUCACUUCUUCUGCUGCUGCAAUAUAUAGUUGUACAUUUGCUAAUGCAAUGGGAACUGUCACUGUUGGCUGUAAUACGAUAGGUUCUGUUGGUCCAGUUCAAUCAGUAACUGCUGUAAGAAAUACCAACAAUCCUAGCUCAAUCAAUGUGACCUGGACUCCAAUAAAUAGUCCAUAUGUGCAGGGAUACAAUAUCAGUGUUACAGAGACCAGUACUGGCACAACACAGUAUUUCACAGUUGGUCCAGGCUCAGCUAGUCAGACAAUAAUAACCAACAUUAAUCCUCAGAAUGCAUAUACCGUUACUGUCACACCAGUAACUAAUGACUCCACUAUUGCAGUGAUGCCUAGUACACCUGUUACUGUUCGCCCAAUCAUAAGCACUGGUGGCCAGUGUAAUCCUGCUGAAGGAUUCAUAGUUGAUAUACUCUUGACAAGAAAUAUAUCAGCUCUCUGCAACUGUUCUACAAUAGAAAGCCAGGCUGGACUUCCAAUGAGAGCACUCCAAGCAGCUCUUGGUGGGAGCAAUGCUUUCAUUAGGAAUUGUACUGAUCCUAUCCUCCAUUUGAGUGCCAGUGCUUGCUAUGAAGACUUCAAAGAGAAAACAAGAAAGACCAUAAAAUUCAAGACAAAAUUCAAAACAGGAAAAUCAAAGAAGACAAAGAAAACAAAGAAAACAAAGAAGGGUCGUACUAAAACAGUCACUAGUGCUACAGGUGGAACUGUCAAUUUCUAUGUACGUGGUCUUGUUCUCUGUGGCUCUUGCUCUCGAAACUCUACCACCAUGCAGAAACGUGACGUUGAAGUUAGUCUGAAAUCUGGGGCCAGAGCAGAAUGGAGCGUACAGAGAAAUGGAAUGGAAAGGAUGAGGAGACAUGUGAACAGGAUCAAGAGAAAGAGGACAAAGUCAAAGAAGACCAAGACUGCCAAUAUAGUCCAAGAAGUCCCUCCAAUGGUCGCUGUGGAUAGCAAGAUGUACAAUGUCUAUUUUAGGGAGGAUGGAAAAAGUCAAGGACUAUUUUGUGGUAACACUACAGUGACUGCUGGAACUCUUUGUGAUUGUCCUUCACAGUGUAAUUUGCAGAAAUGAUCAUAGAAAAGUGAAAAACUUUAAAUUUAUUAUGAUUUCCAAGAUCUAUCAGUCUGAUUUACGUAUUUGUAUCAAUUUUUCUUUAUUUUUGUUGUCCUAUUAACAUUUCUUUUAAAAAUAUCAUUUUCUAACACUAA